AUGUUGAGGGUACUGGCAUCCAAGAGAUUGCUUGCGCAAAGAACUCAGAUCUUGCCACGUUUCUAUCACGAGAAGGUGAUUGAUCACUUCAACAAUCCGCGAAAUGUUGGAUCUUUUGACAAGACUGAUCCCACGGUCGGCACUGGACUUGUCGGUGCACCUGCCUGUGGUGAUGUGAUGAAGCUGCAAAUUAAGGUGGAUGAAGUCACUGGUGAAAUUAUCGAUGCUCGUUUCAAAACCUUCGGUUGUGGCUCUGCUAUUGCUUCCUCCUCUGUUGCUACUGAAUGGGUGAAAGGGAAACAAAUGGAGGAAGUUCUGACCAUCAAAAACACGGAGAUUGCAAAACAUCUUUCUCUUCCUCCAGUUAAGCUGCACUGCAGCAUGCUUGCGGAGGAUGCUAUAAAGGCUGCUGUAAAGGAUUACCAAACCAAGCGUGCGAAAGUAAAUGGUGAUUCAGAAGCCGAACCUGUUGAGCAAGUUGCUAAAGCUUGA